CCAUGAAAUGUGCUCGAGCACGGUCUUGACGCCCGCAUUGCUUCAAAAUCUUACGUCUUGUGAGACAUAGUUGCGAACUUGCUCCAACUAGCUGACCCGUACCGUAUGAUUCUGGCGCUAAUUUGCUCGUCGAAGACCUCGAAGAAAGCGAUCAUCCGUUAGCGGCUGGGUGCUCUUACGCCGCGCGGGAGCUACACUAGCCGAAAGAUAGUCGCAUUUGACCUUGCGGGUAUAUUCCGAGACGGCCGGCAAUCCAAGUCUUUGGCCUGUUGAAUACCACCAGAUCCGACUCUUGAAAAAAAUCCAGUCGUACAACUUAACACACUGGGGGGUUGUAAUGGCCCUUCUCGCCUCCAGAAGAGUCUGAGAAUCACAAACUUAUCUCACAUCACAAAAUCGCUGCGCUGGGCGCAAACUUGUCGAGAUGGCUCAUGUUCAUGGCAGCAGUAGUAGUGGGGGAAUGAAUAUGGAUAUGGGCUCAAUGUCUUCGGGCGCCGGAAUUCCUCCCUUGGAAGAUUUCCCAAAAAUAUACUGGGCGGUUUUAGGUGUUGCAAUUGCUCUUGCAACAGUUGUGAAUGUCAUCAAUAUCAUGAUAUGCCGGCAAAGACUGGCCGCAGCAAGACAAGCAAAGCCAACGCCUGCGAAGCCUAAGAACAUCAUAUUACGUGUAAAUGCGACAGCUACCGCAAUCAUGCGAGAGGCUGCAUGCGCUACGCUGGAUCCAAUUCGAGUAUGGAAGACAACAAUCCCUAUGCCUCAAGUUGGGAGGACCUUCAUCGUGGUCUCAAACGUCAUAGUCUUGACAGUACUCUGCUUCGUGGGAUUCCCAAACACACUAGCACGAGCAGACCUUGAGGACGUUGCGUACCGGAUCGGCUUUGUGUGUUUGGCGCAGAUUCCACUGCUGUUCCUUCUGUCGGGAAAGAACAACAUCAUUGGCUUUCUGACCGGCAUGAGCUACGAGAGACUUAACUGGCUCCAUAGGUGGUGCGCCCGAACGCUAUUCCUCUUCGCCACCGUUCAUUUCGGGUACUGGUUGACCGACUGGUGGCCGUACGGUGACUACGUGACCAUACAGAUUCGGACGAACAACCUGGUCUAUUGGGGCCUCGCUGCUUGGUGCUUCCUCGCAUGGAUCGUCUUUAGUUCCUUCGCCCCGAUCCGACGACUAAGUUAUGAGUUUUUUGUCCUUCAACAUCUCGUUUCGUUCUCUUGCUUCAUCGGUUUUACAUAUCAGCACCUGAAGCCAUUCCCAACGACGCAUGUCUACCUCUGGAUCUCUGUUGGGCUUUUUUUCUUCGAUCGGCUUACCAGAGCAGUUCUUAUGUUGUACACAAACAUCUCAUACUUUCAUCCCCAGCAGCGAAGCGCUGGAGAUAUGAACAAAUUCUGGGCAGGCAAGGCCGAAUUCACUGCCCUGAGUGGAAACUACACAAAGAUCACCCUGAAGCACAAGCCCAUCUCAUGGCAGCCAGGACAACAUGUUUUUGUUUCAUGCCACUCCGUUCUUCCACUUCAGAGCCAUCCAUUCACAAUGGCUUCUCUACCGCAGGAUGGAAAGAUCGAGUUCAUCAUUAAAGCCGAAAAGGGAGGCACAAGGCGUCUCUUCCGGCAUGCGGAGAAGUCUGCACGUCUUCCCGGCGCCAAUGCCAGUCAGCUCAAGACGGUCGCCUUAGAGGGUCCAUACGGACGUAUCAGGCCGCUACGACAAUUUGACAGUGUGGUUCUUUUUGCUGGAAGCACCGGCGCCACAUUCACAAUGCCUUUACUUCGCGAUAUCGUCUUGGGCUGGCAGGAAAGAAAUGCGCCAGGGACUCUACUUCAGCCUGGAGGCGUGGUUACGCGACAUAUUCGUUUCGUAUGGGUAGUGAAAACUCGCGAACAACUCAGCUGGUUUGCAACCCAACUUGACCAGGUUGUCGACUCCGUUGAGAGGUUGCGUACCGAGGGCCUUGACACCGAUGUCGAAAUAUCCAUCUACUGCACGUGCGACGAAUCUUUCACGGAAGAGCAGAAGUCCCUGCUGUCUGCGCUCGGCGUAUCUGCUGGAUCUGGUGCGAAGCCUGUGGCGCGAGGGAGAGUGGAGGAGGUGGACCAAGCCAGCGAGUCGUCCGCAGACGAAAAGAAGGACAACGUGUCCAUUCACGAGCUUGAUCGGCAAGACUCGAAUGCUCGCGCUUGUGGAGGUGGCGUGUGUUGUUGCACGUCCACCAUCGAGGAUGAGGGGGAGGCAGUCAAGUCUCCCAGGGUCUGUUGCUGCUGCGGCCCAAGCAAAAGCGAGGACUCCCGCGCGUCAUCGACGUCGACCUCCAAAAGAACGUUUCUGCAUCCUUCCAUCGCCGUCCUCGCCGGUCGGCCCAACCCUCGCAACAUCAUCCGAAAGUCUCUGGAGCAAGCACGUGGCGAGAGUGCUGUGGUUGUCUGUGGACCGGCCGGGCUUGUCCGCUCGGUCAGGAGUUCAACCGUCAAGUUGAGCGACGAGCGGGCGGUGCACAAAGGCACGGGAGCGCAAGGAAUCUAUCUGCACUGUGAGAGCUUCAAUUAUUAAGAAAAAGGGAAAAAACGGAAUGGCGGAAACCUGUUGGACUGUCGGUUUUGAUGCAUAGCGAGCGGCGUUUUAAAUCUUUCCAUCAGUCGUGUUACAAAAUCCUACCCUUUUCCCCGACCAAAUCUUUCUUGCUUCGCACGAUAGCGGUGGGAAUGACGAAUGGCAUGCAGAAACAUUGGAUUCCUUACACCUGAUGAGGCCCUUGAUUCUUCUCUGGAGCGAGUUCGACAAUGAGUCAGGCGGGCGCAUUUUCAGCCCACAAAAACUUGACCCGCUGAGGACUUCGUCCUUGCGAGCUCCGUGCUCUUUCUUGCCAAGGAAACCUCUGCGAAUCUCCGUUCGAGCGGGCCGGAUGUCUUGGGCCACUCACUUCGUCGAGCCGGCUUAAACUCGCACCGUGAAAGCGAACAUCGCGGGCUGUUCGCGUUCUCAGCGUGGUGGAUACUGGAACUUGAGCACGGCACAUCCAAACACUUGAUUCCGCCGUGCGCGAAAGUUGCUGGGGUCGUUAACACAUAUUGUUUUUACAAGGUGUAAGAGGUAUAAUACACGGCUAUUCAUGUGCUUGGCCACCUUUUUGUUUUUUUG